GAUAACUAGCGGUCGCCAGUUUCAAAGAACAUGGCUGGUAGCAAUGGUCGUAAUUAUUGAGCUAGCUGUACGAUUUCUUUACACUUGUCAACAAAAAUAUUAAUAUUGAAGCAAUUAUUUAAGGAAUAAUACGUUAUUAGUUAAAAGUAUAUAAUAUUAUGGCAACUGCUAUCCAGAAAAAUAGCAUGAAACCUUUAACGAAUAGAUCUUUAAAUCAUGUAGAAAAUGUUGAAAAUUUAAAUAACAGUGAUAUAUGUACAGAAAGUAAAGAUAAUGGACUCUUUAAAGAAGAUAUGCAAUCAUGUAUGUCUGAAUCCGAUCAAGAUACACCAGAGCUUGAUAUUGUUAUAAAUAAUGUAGUAUGUAGCUUUAGCGUAAGGUGUCAUCUUAAUUUAAGAGAAAUUGCUCUGCAUGGUUCAAACGUUGAAUACAGAAGAGAAAAUGGAAUGAUCACAAUGAAGUUGCGAAGACCAUACACAACUGCUUCUAUUUGGUCUUCGGGAAAAGUAACUUGUACUGGUGCAACUAGCGAACUAGAAGCAAAAAUAGCAGCACGUCGAUUUGCGCGUUCCCUUCAAAAACUUGGCUUUAAAGCACGGUUUAAUAAUUACAGAGUGGUUAAUGUAUUAGGUACAUGCUGUAUGCCAUUUGCCAUCAAAAUAACAUCGUUUUCUUUAUAUCAUAAAGAAAAUGCAGAUUAUGAACCAGAAUUACAUCCUGGUGUGACAUACAAAUUGAAAGAACCAAAAGCAACAUUAAAAAUAUUUGCUACCGGAAGUGUUACAGUAACAGCACCUAAUGUUGCUGCUGUCCAAGCUGCAAUAGAAUAUAUCUAUCCGCUAGUCUAUGAGUUUCGCAAGGAACGUUCAGUAGAAGAUAAGUUAGCAUUGGAAACCAAGAAACGCAGACAUGGUAAAAAGAGAAAACGAGAAGAGUUCCUACAUAAUACGGAUUUAAUAUAUGAUCCUUUGUUUUCUCCUUCAUCUUCUUCCAUCGAAGAAGGAGCUGACAGUGAUGCCAGUUGGAACUGAACUGUUUAUAUUAUUAUUUUUCUGUUAAUUAUAAAACAAUUAUGUGUAUAUUUCGUUCGAUUAAGAACGAUUAUCAAUUGCACUGGACAAUUGCUGCUGCUAAGAGUGAUGAAGUGAUGCAUAUUUCAUUUUCUUAGUGUCUGACAAGUGCGUGAGUGUCAAAGACAAUAGUGUACAUUAAUGUGCACUUAAACUUGUAAUUAUCUUUGCACUUAUCAAUUUGACUGACUUAUGUUUUUAAAGUAACAUCCCUCAUAUUUUCAUUCUAUCAUACAACAAUAUAUUAAACAUACAUCUCUCCAAGGCAUAUACAUAGGGCAUGUGUCGUUCUUAUGUAUACACUAUCAUUCAGUUUUUUGAAAAUAAUAUUUGGGAUGUAUUUAGUAAUAUUUUUGACAAGACUUAGUUUAUAUAAGGGAUCACUUGAUUGUAUUUAUGAUUUUAUGAAUUAUACAAAUUCAAAUUAGGUAACGGAAAAAAAAGUAUACAUAUAUACGUUCCGUUGAUUCAAGUUGCAUACUACAAUGUUUGGGCUAUAAAGACAAGUAUCAACGUAAUAAAUGAUUGGUGAUACGUAUAUUUUUUUUUCUUUUACAAUUUAUUUUUUUUUUUUCUCUUUUUUUUUUCUUUUUUUAAUUACACAAAAAUUCUCGUCAGUUUUAGUUAAUGAAUGUAUACUGUGCCAAAGAUGGAUGUUCAAAAUUUAACAUGAUACAAUUGAAACAACAAAACAAACGAAACUACAAAUUAAUUUUUCACCGCUGUAACAUUUAGCUUUUUCAUUAACAUAGUCUGCUUUAAUGGAUAUGAUAGUUUUUUAAUAUAAUAAUCUAUAUUUUGCGAUGUUUCCGGAAAGAAUAUAUAAUAUCGUUGAUUCAUCAGACUGUAUCAAGCAAAAAUACUACAUGUGUAUAUGUAGUAUUAUAUAUUAGUACAUACUUAAAUAUAUAUAUAUAUGUACAUACUUACAUACAUAUAUAUGUAACAUAUGUAUAUAUUAAGUAUGUAGUACAUACUUAAAUAUAUGUAUAUAUUUAAGUUUGUAUAAUCAACAUUAAUAAUAGCCCAUUCUCGAUCAAACACAUGACAGAUUUAUUUAAUACAUUCAGAUCAAUCAGUUAUCUACUAUGUACUAUCAUUGCUAUCGUUAUAUUCUAUAAUUAUAUAGCAUAUGAAUAUAGGUCAAUGACAUUCUCAGCAAUGUUAACUUGCUAACACUUAUGUGUUAAUUAUUUUGUAUAUGAAAAUUAGAAAGUUAUUAUAUUAUUAGGCAGUAUUAAGAUAAGUUCAUCGAUAAUUACGAUAAGGACUAUUAAACUUAUGAAAUAUCACAAAUAACUCUUCUUGGCAAUAACGAAUACUAUCAUUUGUGAUUUCAUAAGCGUCCAAAUAGUAUUUAUGUGUAUGUAUACAGAUAUAUAUAAAAACAGAGAAAGAAAAAAAGAAAAAGAAAAAUUCUUAGUUCUUACUAAAAAAUACUCUCUAAAAUUUUUAAAAUUGUAUGGUCAACAUUUUAGUAGCAAUGUACCAAAGUUACAAGAAAUAUCAAAAAAAAAAAAAAAAUAUAUAUAUAUAUAUAUAAA